UCUCCCAUUUUCUACAUCUCUUCAAUUUCGCGCUUCCUUUCUCUCUGUGCUUCUUUCCUUCUCAUGGAACCUCAACAAGAAGAAGAUCCUGAUAAUCUGACAGUCGGGUUCACCGACGAAGAGGUUCAAGCAAGCCACGUGUUCUCGCAGCUACAAGCCUACUGCUUAGACCUCCUUGAACUUUCCCGGAACUCCGGCAAACACUCUUCUACUUCUUCACUCUCUUCACUCCUUCAACUACUUCAAAACACUCCGUCUCAUUCUCUCCAGCCUUUCUUCGACUACACUUUGUUACCUCUGCUGCUUCUAUUGGAUGCUGCAGUUGAUAACAGAAGCUCUGCGAAGGAAAGUGUAAUGAAUAAAGUGGGUGACAGAGUAGCGGAAGAUGUGCUAAAAUGUUUGGAGGAGCUUCUCGGCAAGUGUCAGUUAGGUUCUGUUGAUCAGAUGGUUGUGGUGCUGAAGAAAUUGACAUAUGCAGCUUUGCUUUCUCCAUCCGAGGCUUCUGAAGAGUUUCGUGAGGGAGUGAUCAAAUGUUUCAGGGCUAUGCUUUUGAGUUUACAUCCCUGUGUGGAUAGCUCCUGCUCCUGUAAACAAGUUUUGGGUUCGCCGGAGCUUUUAGAACCCAGAAACUUGCGAACACAAGUUACUGGAGCUUCAUUAUCAGGAGAAUGCUUAGUUGCAUUUUUGCAGUCACAAAAGGCUUCGGCUGCUGUUGGACAGUGGCUAUCACUUCUUCUCCAAGCUGCAGAUACUGAGGCUUCACGUGGACAACGGGGAAGUGGGAAACUCCGUAUUGAAGCCUUCCUGACCCUACGCAUACUUGCAGCUAAGGUAGGUACUGCAGACGCGUUGGCUUUCUUUUUACCUGGUGUAGUUAGUCAAUUUGCCAAAGUUUUGCAUGUAUCAAAGACGAUGAUAAGUGGGGCUGCUGGAAGUGUUGAAGCUAUCGAUCAAGCAAUCAGGGGUUUAGCUGAAUAUCUUAUAAUGGUCCUUGAGGAUGAUGCUAAUUUAUCUGGCCUUAAUAUUUCCAAAAAUGUCAUAGUUGGUGUUGAUUCUAAGAAUUUAGAAUCUAUGCAUUCAAUUAUGGAGGAGCUUCGUCAGUUGCCUAUUAAAGCACAAGGUCAGAGUAAAACUUUUCAAGACGAUAUGAGUGGUCAACUAGUAAAAACUGUUACUCCCAAAUCUGAGUUCAGGGAGCAGAGGAGUGUUGAUUCUGUGAAGGGAAUGGGAUCCUUGCAUGUGGAUCGCACUAAAGAUUGGAUUGAGAAAACCUCAGGACAUGUGAAUAAACUAUUGUGUGCAACUUUUCCUCAUAUUUGUGUUCAUCCUUCUAGGAAGGUACGAGGGGGACUUCUUGUUGCUGUACGAGGACUGUUAUCAAAAUGCAGUUACACGCUGAAAGACAGCAGAUUGAUGCUUUUGGAGUGCUUAUGUGUUUUGGUUGUUGAUGACUAUGAAGAUAUAUCUACCGCUGCCCAGGAGUUUCUUGAAUAUUUAUUCUCGCCAAGAGGGAAACAUCAUGUGAAGCUAGAUGUUUUGGAUGUUUUUAGCAGGCUUAUUGAAAAGCUUCCAAAAGUGGUGCUGGGAAAUGAGGAUUCACUUGCGCUUUCACAUGCACAGCAAUUACUUGUAGUAAUAUAUUAUUCUGGUCCUCAAUUCAUGUUGGAUCAGCUUCAAUCUCCUGUGACAGCCGCAAGGUUCUUGGAUGUUUUUGCCCUUUGUCUUAGUCAAAAUUCAGCAUUUACUGGUUCUCUUAACAAGCUUAUGUUAGCAAGAUCAUCUUCAAAGGGAUUUAUUCAAUCUGUAGCAGAGCUCAAAGCUGGUGCUCAUUUUACCAAUCUCGGGCAGACCUUCACGGGUUCUGUUCCAUCUGGUAUCUCAAAGUUGACAUAUGUUCAGGAAAAAGUUAGUCAGUACCCACAGGAGGCUGAGCAGAAAGUAUAUGAACUCCCACGCAUGCCACCUUGGUUUGUUUCUGUUAGCAGUGGGAAACUAUAUCAGGCUCUUGCAGGAACUCUUAGACUUGUUGGUUUAUCGUUACUGCCAGACAUAAAAAGUGAAGGGCAUUUAUCGAUUAUCACUGAUAUUCCACUGGGUUAUUUGCGUAAAUUGGUUGCUGAGGUUCGUGUGAGAGAGUACAAUAAAGAGAGUUGGCAGUCUUGGUAUAAUCGAACUGGUUCAGGACAGUUAUUACAUCAGGCCAGCACUGCAGCAUGUAUCAUAAAUGAGAUGAUAUUUGGUGUAUCAGAUCAGGCAGUCGAUACUUUCGCUAGAAUGUUUCAGAAGUUCAGGGCAAGAAGAGAAGAGGUUAAAGAAUUUGAUGCAGAGCUGACUGAUGCUCAGCCUUCAGAUCUUGAUGACUCUAUUUGGAAGAUUAAACAGCGAAAGAGUGACAAAAGUCACUUGAUCGAAUGCAUUGGUAAAAUCAUACACGAGUAUCUCUCUCCUGAAUUAUGGGAUCUCCCAUUGGAUCAUAAGUCUUCUCUUGUACAAUCUGAUGGAGAAGUUGAAGAUAUUACUCUGCACUUUUUUCAUGACACUGCUAUGCUACACCAGGUCAUCAUUGACGGAAUUGGUAUCUUUGCUCUGUGCCUCGGAAAAGAUUUUGCUUCUAGCGGAUUUCUUCAUUCAUCUCUUUAUCUGUUAAUGGAGAAUCUUACAUGUUCUAACUUCCAAGUUAGGAGUGCCUCUGAUGCUGUUUUACAUGUACUUGCUUCCAUAUCAGGCUAUAAAACGGUCGGAAACUUGGUUUUAGCAAAUGCAGACUAUGUAAUUGAUUCUGUAUGUCGACAACUACGACAUUUAGAUCUUGACCCACAUGUGCCCAAUGUGCUUGCUGCGAUGCUUUCCUAUGUUGGGAUAGCUAACAAAAUAUUACCUCUACUGGAAGAACCGAUGCGCUGUGUUUCACAGGAACUUGAGAUCCUUGGCAGGCAUCAGCAUCCUGAUUUAACUGUACCCUUCUUAAAGGCAGUGGCAGAAAUUAUUAAGGCAUCAAAGCUUGAGGCCAGUUCAUUGCCAAGUAAAGCUGAAUCUUAUCUUACGAGUGUCAGGUCCAAAAUAACUGACAUGGAAGAUAAGGAAAAUGCAGGAUCAUGUUAUGACAAUGACAUUAGUAUAUCUGACAAAGAAUCAGAAGAAUGGGAGAGUGUUUUGUUCAACUUGAAUGAUUUGAAAAGAUAUAGACGAACAGUUGGAUCUAUUGCUGGUUCAUGUUUAACCACCGCAACUCCACUUAUAGCUUCGAUGAAGCAAGCAGCUUGCUUGGUAGCUCUGGAUAUAGUUGAGGAUGGCAUUGUGACGCUGGCAAAAGUUGAGGAGGCUUAUAAGCAUGAAAAGGAAACUAAAGAAGAAAUUGAAGAAGUGAUUCGAUCAAGAGCAUUGUAUCAUCUUCUAGAUAACAUGGAAGCAGUCGAAGAUGGGACUGACGAGAACAGAUUGCUUCCAGCAAUGAACAAAAUAUGGCCUCUUUUGGUUGUUUGUGUUCAAAGCAAAAACCCAGUGACCAUCCGGAGAUGUUUAACCGUGGUAAGCAGUGUCGUGCAGAUCUGUGGAGGGGAUUUCUUUUCACGCCGCUUCCAUACUGACGGCCCCCACUUCUGGAAACUUCUAUCAACAUCCCCAUUUAUGAGAAACCCCAAGUCGAAAGAUGAAAAAGUGCCUUUGCAACUUCCCUAUCGAAGCACAUCUAUUUCUGCCGAAGACUCUGUAGCUGAAGCCUCUAACUUGAAAGUUCAAGUUGCAAUGCUCAAUAUGAUUGCCGAUUUGUCUCGAAACAAAAAGAGUGCUUCAGCAUUGGAGGUUGUCCUCAAGAAGGUCAGUGGUCUAGUUGUGGGAAUAGCUUGUAGUGGCGUGGUAGGGCUCAGGGAUGCAUCGAUAAAUGCCUUGUUUGGACUUGCAGCCAUAGACCCUGAUCUUAUUUGGCUUCUUUUAGCUGAUGUUUACUAUUCUCUGAAAAAGAGAGACUUCCCUUCACCACCAACGUCAGACUUCCCUGAAAUUUGUGAAAUUUUGCCUUUACCUUCAUCCGCUAGAGAGUACUUGUAUGUGCAGUAUGGAGGGCAGAGCUAUGGUUUUGAUGUCGACUUUUCUUCUGUAGAUACUGUUUUCUCAAAACUGCAUUCCCAAGUUUUUACUAACCAAAUGUACAUUUAAAUCUAUUUAGAGUAGAGUCAAAUUCUUAAUUACAAUUUUUGUAUAAUCUGAUUUAUAAACAAGUCUACUAACAAUUUUUGUACCUUAAGAAAGUUUAAUGAUCUGAUGACAGCACAAGUGAGAAUA